CCCUCGUUCUGUCAUCGCAGACAACUAAGCUGGAGUUGCACAUUUUUGGGGGUUAUCUACUCAGUCGUGUCGUUCCUUGGCUCGUUGAAAAGUUUGACCUGUAUUUGUGGGCCGAGAGUGAGUGGCGGAUGGGAGAGCUACGGGAGCGAAAGAAAGAAGGCACCAGUCGCUGAAGAAUGGUGUUGCGUGAGGGACGUUCUCGACUCGCCUUGGCCAUGGUUCUGGUCUUCAUGUCCGCUAUCGUUCUGUACAUCAAGGACAGUAUGAUCAUAACCAGGAUUGGAUGCAUGUAUUCCUUACAUUGGAGGGUGAACCGAAGCACAAUCGGUGUGGGCAGUAGAUCUAUGGCCAGCAGGCGGAUCGUCAGGACAGGAUCUGUAUCAGGGUCCAGAGUGAAACUGAUCCCGGUGAACAGUACCGUGGCGAGCAGCAUGCCAAGCGAAGCCAGCGCCACGCCAGGGCGAAGCAGCACUGGGGUAACCAAACCACCGAGAACAAUGCCAGUGACCGCCAAUACGCACAAUACAGUCAGCUGGAUCACUACCGCAACCAAGAGAGAUCCUGCUGCAGCCCAGUCCAUGGUGAAAAGCGUUGAGUUGCGCGGACUGAUUCCGUUCGAUUGCACCCAGCCCACAUCCUGGAUACAGCAGUGUGGUAAGUCCUGUACGCGUGGCGCUGCGCCCAUACCACGCCUGGUACAUUUCGUGCAGAUCGGAGACACGCUGGGGUUCACGCAAUGGCUGUCCGUCAUGUCCGCAGUGCGAUUCCUGCGACCUCAGCGUGUCAUCCUGCACCACAUCGACAACCUGACUACAUGCUGGGCAAGACGUAUUCGCAGUCAUCCGCUGGUACAAUUCAAUAAAGCAAGAAGGUCAGAUUUUCCUAGCAGGCUGAACAACAGGCCCGUGACCUUUCUAGCUCAUCUGGCAGAUUUUAUGCGUGCGUCCGCGCUGUGGCAGUAUGGCGGUAUAUAUAUGGAUUCCGAUAUGAUCAUCACCAAGUCGUUUGAUGAUCUCAUGGUCAACGAGGCAGUGUUUGCUGAAGAAAUCCGUGGAAACAUUUGCAACGCACUCAUGCUGUCGAGGAAAGCGUCCUGCUGCAUCUGCCAGUUUAGCAAGAAAAUGUGUCGAGACUUCGAUGGUUCUUGGUCACAUCACUCUGUGUUAGCCCUAACUGCUCUGCUGAAGAAGGGCAGGGCACGUGACCGGUACUCGUCUGACGCGGUGCGAAUUCUGCCGCACGAGACCGGAUUCUUUCCCUACAGCUGGGAACCGGGCGACAUGGCGUUGCUCUUCAAACGCAACGCCACAGCAUCCCAGUUCACUCCCGGAAAGGUGUACGCCCUACACCUGUACAAUCACGCUUUGAAGGAGAGCGGAUUUGCAAACGCCACUACCUUCUCGGCCAUAGCCGCGGAGCACACACCAUAUGCGCUAUCCAGUAGGAACGUAAUACCGUCGUCGUUCACCUUGCGGCAUAUGGAUGAAAAACAGUGCCUGCCUGUGCCUCUAGUCAAGCCGGCCGUCAGUUAGAUUUUGGAAAUUUCCAAAAAGGCCGUGUUGUUGUUGUUGUUGUUGUUGUUGU